GGAGGAGCCGCGGAGAGCUGGGCUGGGGAACGAAGAGAGCGGGGCACGGAGUGCGGACGGCUGGGAGCGCGCUACAGCGGGGGAGAGGCGCUGCUGGACGGGCGGCCACAGGACGAUCUCCCCGGGAGAUUAGGGGCUAUUUAUGGCAUGUCGCUGGUAACUCUCCUCCUGCUCCUGGACUCUUUCCACAAAGCCCGCCCUGAAGAUGUUGGCACCAGCCUCUACUUUGUGAACGACUCCCUGCAGCAGGUGACCUUUUCCAGCUCCGUGGGGGUGGUGGUGCCUUGCCCGGCUGGAGGGUCCCCCAGCGCCUCCCUCCGGUGGUACCUCGCGACGGGCGAUGACAUCUACGACGUGCCCCACAUCCGGCACGUCCACGCCAACGGCACGCUGCAGCUCUACCCCUUCUCGCCCUCCGCCUUCAACAGCUUUAUCCACGACAAUGACUAUUUCUGCACGGCCGAGAAUGCAGCCGGCAAAAUCCGGAGUCCCAACAUCCGGGUUAAAGCAGUUUUCCGGGAACCCUACACCGUCCGCGUGGAGGAUCAAAGGUCGGUGCGUGGCAGCGUGGCUGUCUUCAAGUGCCUCAUCCCCUCUUCCGUGCAGGACUACGUUAGCGUGGUGUCCUGGGAGAAAGACACCGUCUCCAUCGUCCCAGAAAAUCGUUUUUUUAUUACUUUCUACGGCGGCCUGUACAUCUCAGACGUGCAGAAAGAGGACGCCCUGUCCACGUACCGCUGCAUCACCAAGCACAAGUACAGCGGGGAGACCCGGCAGAGCAACGGAGCUCGGCUCUCUGUAUCAGACCCAGCCGAGUCCAUCCCCACCAUCCUCGACGGCUUCCAAUCCCGCGAAGUGAAGGCGGGCCAGACGGUGGAGCUCCCCUGCAUCGCGUCGGGCUACCCCAACCCUGCCAUCCGCUGGCUCAAGGAUGGCCGGCCCCUGCCUGCCGACAGCCGCUGGACCAAGCGCAUCACGGGACUGACCAUCAGUGACCUGAGGGGGGAGGACAGCGGCACCUAUAUCUGUGAGGUCACCAACACCUUCGGCUCAGCCGAGGCCACCGGCGCCCUCAAGGUCAUCGACCCCCUACAUGUGACCUUGACCCCAAAGAAGCUGAAGACGGGCAUCGGCAGCACGGUCAUCCUGUCCUGUGCCCUGAGCGGCACCCCGGAGUUCACCCUCCGCUGGUACCGCAACACGGAGCCUGUGGCACCAGACGAGUCCAUCUCGAUCCGCGGGUUGAGCAACGAGAGCCUCCUGAUCACCACCGCCCAAAAGAGCCACUCGGGGGCAUACCAGUGCUUCGCCACCCGCCAUGCCCAGACCGCUCAGGACUUCGCCAUCAUUGUGCUGGAGGAUGGGACGCCCCGGAUCGUCUCAUCUUUCAGCGAGAAGGUGGUGAACCCCGGAGAGCAGUUCUCGCUGAUGUGCGCGGCCAAGGGGGCUCCCCCGCCCUCGGUCACCUGGGCCCUGGACGACGAGCCCAUCCCCCGGGACGGCGCCCACCGCACCAGCCAGUUCACCACGCCGGACGGCACCACCGUGAGCCACAUGAACGUGACGGGCCCGCAGAUCCGGGAUGGUGGCGUGUACCGCUGCUCCGCGCGGAACUCGGUGGGCAGUGUGGAGUACCAAGCGCGAAUAAACGUAAGAGGCCCCCCGAGCAUCCGGGCCAUGAGGAACAUCACGGCAGUGGCCGGGAGGGACACCCUCAUCACCUGCAGAGUCAUCGGUUACCCUUACUACUCCAUCAAGUGGUACAAGGAUGCCCUGCUACUGCCCGACAACCACCGCCAGGUGGUCUUCGAGAACGGGACCCUCAAGCUGAUGGACGUCCAGAAGGGCAUGGACGAAGGAGCCUACCUCUGCAGUGUCCUCAUCCAGCCCCAGCUGUCCAUCAGCCAGAGCGUCCACGUGGCCGUCAAAGUGCCCCCUCUGAUCCAGCCCUUCGAGUUCCCGCCGGCAUCCAUCGGACAGCUGCUGUACAUCCCCUGCGUGGUGUCCUCGGGGGACAUGCCCAUCCGCAUCACCUGGAGGAAGGACGGGCAAGUGAUCGUGUCGGGCCCCGGGGUGACCAUCGAGAGCAAGGAGUUCAUGAGCUCCCUGCAGAUCUCCAGUGUCUCCCUCAAGCACAACGGCAACUACACCUGCAUCGCCAGCAAUGCCGCCGCUACCGUCAGCCGAGAGCGCCAGCUCAUCGUCAGAGUCCCUCCUCGGUUCGUGGUUCAGCCCAACAACCAGGAUGGGAUCUAUGGCAAAGCCGGCGUCCUGAACUGCUCCGUCGAUGGCUACCCCCCACCUAAGGUCAUGUGGAAGCACGCCAAAGGAAGUGGAAAUCCUCAACAGUACCACCCGGUGCCCCUAACAGGACGGAUCCAGAUCCUUCCCAACAGCUCCCUGCUGAUCCGCCACGUGCUGGAAGAGGACAUCGGCUACUACCUGUGCCAGGCCAGCAAUGGCGUGGGCACUGACAUCAGCAAGUCCAUGUUCCUCACCGUCAAGAUCCCAGCCAUGAUCACCUCCCACCCCAACACCACCAUCGCCAUCAAGGGCCACAUGAAGGAGCUGAACUGCACGGCCCGUGGGGAGCGGCCCAUCAUCAUCCGCUGGGAGAAGGGGGAUGUGGUCAUCGACCCCGACCGAGUCAUGAGAUAUGCCAUCGCCACCAAGGACCACGGGGAUGAGGUCAUCUCGACCCUCAAGCUCAAGCCGGCUGACCGUGGAGAUUCGGUGUUCUUCAGCUGCCAUGCCAUCAACUCUUAUGGGGAGGACAGGGGCCUGAUCCAGCUCACUGUGCAAGAACCUCCGGAUCCCCCAGAGCUGGAAAUCCGGGAAGUCAAGGCCCGCAGCAUGAAUCUACGCUGGACUCAACGGUUUGACGGAAACAGCAUCAUCACCGGCUUCGACAUCGAGUACAAGAACAAGUCGGACUCGUGGGAGCUGAAGCAGUCCACCCGCAACAUCUCGCCCACCAUCAACCAAGCUAAUAUCGUCGACCUGCACCCCGCGUCCGUCUACAGUAUCCGAAUGUUCUCCUUCAACAAGAUCGGCCGCAGCGGCCCCAGCAAGGAGCUCACCGUCAGCACCGAGGAAGCCGCUCCGGACGGCCCCCCGACGGACGUCACCCUGCAGCCCGUGACCUCUCAAAGCAUCCAGGUGACCUGGAAGGCUCCCAAGAAGGAGCUGCAGAACGGUGUGAUCCGAGGCUACCAGAUCGGCUAUCGCGAGAACAGUCCUGGCAGCAACGGGCAAUACAGCAUCGUGGAGAUGAAGGCCACGGGGGACAGCGAGGUCUACACCCUAGACAACUUGAAGAAGUUCGCCCAGUAUGGGGUGGUGGUCCAGGCCUUCAAUCGGGCCGGCACAGGCCCCUCCUCCAGCGAGAUCAACGCCACCACACUAGAGGAUGUGCCCAGCCAGCCUCCGGAGAACGUCCGUGCCCUGUCCAUCACUUCUGAUGUGGCCGUCAUCUCUUGGGCGGAACCCCCGCGUAGCACCCUCAACGGGGUGCUCAGGGGCUACCGGGUCAUCUUCUGGUCUCUCUAUGUGGAUGGGGAGUGGGGUGAGAUGCAGAACAUCACGACCCGACGGGAGCGGGUGGAGCUGCGCGGUCUGGAGAAGUUCACCAACUACAGCGUGCAGGUGCUGGCCUACACCCAGGCCGGGGACGGGGUCCGCAGCAGCGUCCUCUACAUCCAGACCAAGGAAGACAUUCCAGGCCCCCCUGCCAGCAUCAAGACGGCCCCUUGCUCGGGCAGCAGCGUGGUAGUGUCCUGGCUGCCACCAGCCAAGCCCAACGGCGUCAUCCGCAAAUACACCAUCUUCUGCUCCAGCCUCGGCUCCGGCCAGCCGGCUCCUAGUGAAUACGAGACAAGCCCCGAGCAGUUGCUGUACCGCAUUGCACCCCUGGCACGGGGGCAGCGGUACACACUGUGGGUGGCGGCGGUCACCUCGGCUGGCCGUGGAAACAUCAGCGAGAAGGUCACCAUCGAGCCUGCAGAAAAAGCUCCGGCCAAGAUCAUUUCGUUCGGAGGCACAGUGACUACCCCCUGGAUGAAGGACGUCCGGCUGCCGUGUAACUCUGUGGGAGAGCCGGCCCCAGCCGUCAAAUGGACCAAGGACAGCGAGGACUCUGCCAUCCCCACAGCCGUGGACGGGCACCGGAUGCUCCAUACCAACGGGACCCUGGCACUGCGGUCCGUGAAGGCCGAAGAUUCGGGCUAUUACACCUGCACGGCCACCAACACCUGGGGCUUCGACACCAUCAUCGUCAAUCUGCUGGUGCAAGUGCCUCCGGACCAGCCCCGCCUGACGGUCUCCAAAACCUCAGCCUCCUCCAUCACGCUGGCCUGGAUCCCAGGAGACAACGGGGGCAGCUCUAUUCGCGGCUUCGUGCUGCAGUACUCGGUGGACAACAGCGAGGAGUGGAAGGACGUUCUGGUCAGCUCCGGCGAGCGCUCCUUCAAGCUGGAUGGCCUCAAGUGUGGCACCUGGUACAAGGUGAAGCUGGCAGCCAAGAACAGCGUGGGCGCCGGCCGCAUCAGUGAGAUCAUCGAGGCCAAGACCCAUGGCCGGGAGCCGUCCUUCAGCAAGGACCAGCACCUGUUCACGCACAUCAACUCCACGCACGCUCGGCUGAACCUGCAGGGCUGGAGCAGCGGGGGCUGCCCCAUCUCGGCCGUGCUGCUCGAGUACCGACCCAAGGGUACGUGGGGCUGGCAGAGCGUGCGGGCCAACUCCUCCGGGGAGGCCUUCCUCACCGAGCUGCGGGAGGCCACGUGGUACGAGCUGCGAAUGCGAGCCUGCAACAGCGCCGGCUGCGGCAACGAGACCGCCCAGUUCGCCACCCUCGACGUGGACGGCAGCACCAUCCCGCCCAUAAAGUCUGCGCAGGGAGAGGGGGAUGACGUGAAGAAGCUGUUCUCCAUCGCCUGCCCGGUCAUCCUGGCCACGCUGGGGGCCGCCCUGCUUUUCGUCGUGAGAAAAAAGAGGAAGGAGAAGCGGCUCAAGAGGUUGCGAGACGCAAAGAGCUUGGCUGAAAUGUUGAUCAGCAAGAACAACCGCAGCUUUGACACCCCGGUGAAGGGCCCCGCGCAGGGGCCUCGGCUGCACAUAGACAUCCCCCGCGUCCAGCUGCUUAUCGAGGACAAGGAGGGCGUCAAACAGCUGGGCGACGACAAGGCCACGAUCCCGGUGGCCGACGCGGAGUUCAGUCAGGCCGUGAACCCCCAGAGUUUCUGCACCGGCGUGUCCCUGCACCACCCCGCCCUCGUGCAGACCUCGGGGCCGCUCAUCGACAUGUCCGACAUCCGCCCGGGCACCAACCCCGUGUCCAGGAAGAGCGUCAAGUCCGCCCACAGCACCCGGAACCGCUACUCCAGCCAGUGGACGCUGACCAAAUGCCAGGCCUCCACGCCCGCGCGGACCCUCACCUCCGACUGGCGCGCCGUGGGCUCCCAGCACGGCGUCACCGUCACCGAGAGCGACAGCUACAGCGCCAGCCUCUCCCAGGACACGGACAAAGGACGCAACAGCAUGGUGUCGACGGAGAGCGCGUCGUCCACCUACGAGGAGCUGGCGCGGGCCUACGAGCACGCUAAGCUGGAGGAGCAGCUGCAGCACGCCAAGUUCGAGAUCACCGAGUGCUUCAUCUCGGACAGCUCCUCCGACCAGAUGACCACGGCCACCACGGACAACGCCGACAGCAUGACGUCCAUGAGCACGCCCUCGGAGCCGGGCAUCUGCCGCUUCACCGCCUCCCCGCCCAAGCCCCAGGACCGAGACCAGGGCAAGAACGUGGCCGUGCCCAUCCCGCACCGCGCCAACAAGAGCGACUACUGCAACCUGCCGCUGUACGUCAAGUCGGAGGCGCUCUUCCGCAAGCCCGACGGGCCCGGGCCCGGGCCCUGCCCCACCGUGCCCUGCCCGGCCGUGCCCUGCCCGGCCGUGCCCCCCCGGGAGGCCUCCGUCCGCGGCCUGGCCCGCACCUACCACGCGCAGGCUCGCCACCUGACCCUCGACCCCGCCAGCAAGCCCCUCGCCCUGUCCCACGCGGGAGGACCGGCUUCCUCGGCCCUGACCUUACCUCAGCGGACCCUGGCCGUGCCCGGCCCCGCCCCGCCCGCCGCCGCCCCCGCCGCCUCCUCCGCGGAGCCCUCCGCGCAGCCCCCCGCCCCCGAGCCCCCGCGCGGGGGCGGCCCGCACCCCAAGGUGGGCGGCUCCAGAGACUCGCUGCUGGAGAUGAGCACCCCGGGGGGCGGCCGGGCUUAUUCCAAGUCCUACACGCUGGUGUAGCGCCCCGC